UGAAGUCAUGAUAGACUAUAACCAUGAAGUUAGACUAUGGGAAGGAAAUGAUGGAAAGUUUCAGGUCAUGGCCUCUUAUGCGGGCUUAUUUAAAAACACAAAGGUCAAGCUACAGAAGGUUAAUGGAAGCAUGAUUGCUAUUCCAUUGGAUUUUCUUUGUCAUGACGACAUUUCGUACAUUUCAGCUACAUUAGCACUUCCUUCAGCUCAAAAUCCUCAUUUGCCCAUCUUUAAACCAGACGAGUUUUAUUCUUCGCAAUCUUCUGACCAGUUAUCGUCAUCUUCAUCUUCAAGCAAGGUUCCAGAAAAUAAAUCUCAAGAUUCCUCGUCAAGAUUCCAUGAGAAGGCUGUAUCUGUAGCAGUUACUACCAAAUGCCUUGACAAUAAUUCACUUAAUGCCGAAUAUUACAUGUCUCAACAUGUUCAAGAAAAAUAUUCCAGUCGACCAUAUAUUAGAACUAAACCGUUGAUUUCUUCUCUUAUUGGCCGCAAAAGUUUACCAGUCGUAUACAGUCGACCCUUUAGUCUAAGCAAUCUUCCUGACCGAGUACUCGUUAUGAUUGGAUUCUCCCUCGACGUCCGCUCUCGUAUCCGUCUAGCAUCUACCUGUCAAAAGCUUUUUAAAGUCCUAUUUUAUCCUGAGGUCUGGUCUUCUUUGUGGUUCUUGUAUGAAGAUUUAUACACCGUCAAUGACUCUCGGAUUAUUGCAAUAGCUGAAACGUUGGUGAAGCAUAAAGUGCAAAAUUUGAUUGAGUCUGUUAAUCUCGAUGGGUCCGUUAUUACAGCACUUACAGUAAUCAACCUCUUAAAGUAUUUUCCCUGUCUUGAGUAUCUAUCGAUUAGGACGUGCUGGCAAGUAUUUUCGUUAGAUCUUGCUACUCGAUUGGAUCAGUUAGCCAACGACAGCUUGUAUGGUAUCAGUCUCUCCCAUUUGCGUCUCGGAAAGGUCUUAUUACGUGGUCCAGUAAAAGACAUACGGAAUGCAAUCGUCUUGCAGGACAUCUUAUCGAUUCUGACUGCCACCUCUGUCAAUUCUGUAAUUUGGGAGCAGCUAUCAGUACCUUUGAUUGUGCUGCAUGUGGAAGAAUUCCGCUCACAAAAUGUUAUGUCUGCGCGCCUCAAUGCAAUAGCAGCUUGCAGGCAGGUAUUAGCAAAGCUCCAGACCUUUCGGUGUGCUCGCUGUGAAAACCCCUUAUCUCUCUGCAACACUAGGCGAGAAUGCAUCGAAGCUCAGAAGUCAUGCUCUAAAUGCGACGGAGUAUAUCAUACACAAUGCCGCAUGAACAACGAUAUAUAUGUCUCUAAUAAAUGUUCAAAAUGCGGUGUUGUAUGCUGUCCCCGGUGCGAGUUGGUAGGCUGUUCCGGUGGUUGCUUAGGUCAAUGGUGUCAUACCUGUGCUAACAAGGAAGACAUAAAACACUGUAAAUGUUUUAUUGUUCAAAAAUCGGUCGGAAACAGUGUAUUGAAACGCAAUGUAUGUCGUCGCUGCCGUCGCUCCUGUAAAAAUUGUGGAGGUGGAUCUUUUUGUGUAAGGUGUCUUGGGCUGCAUGUAGCCAAAUGCAAGAGUUAG